CCACCCCUAGUCGGGACUACCUCACUGUUGUUACAUAUACAGCUGUGAUACUGGCUACUUCCUCACUAGUAGUGCUACUAGACAAUGUGAAGCUACUGGUCAGUGGUCAGGAGUGGCACCAACUUGUCCACCUGUUGACUGUAUAGCACUGCUGGCCCCCUCCAAUGGAGCAGUGGACACAUUCUCUGGAACCACCUUCAUGAUGACUGCUACCUACACCUGUGUCACUGGAUACAACAUUGUUGGUAGUGUGAGCAGAACGUGUGGAGCAAGUAUAACAAGUGGACCAACUGGAGUUUGGAGUCCAGCUGCACCAGUUUGUGAAAUUGUCAACUGUGGUUCCCUGGACGCCCCCUCCAAUGGAGCAGUGGACACAUCCUCUGGAACCACCUUCAUGAUGACUGCUACCUACACCUGUAACACUGGGUACACUCUGACUGGAGCAAACACUCGGACUUGUGGGAGUGGUGGACAGUGGACUCCAGAUGCUCCAACCUGUUUACAGCUCCUAGUGAUAAGCCCCAGUGGUGGUCCAAUGGCUGGUCAGAGUUUCUCCCUCACUUGUUCCCUGAGUGGAGGGGCCUCUCUACAACCCACCCUCUCCUACCAGUGGACGAGGGAGGGAGGGUCACUCAUGACCAGCACAGCAACCCUCAACUUUGACACUCUCUACUUGUCAGACGCUGGUCAGUACAGCUGUCAGGUCAUCCUCACCUCCAGUCAGCUUGAGGGGGAACACACUGUAGCUGCUCACUACACCAUUGAGUUCAGGACACUCAACAUUCAACUUCGUUUUGGUGGAAUAACAAACUGUGAGGUGUACAUUGCAUCACUACCAGACUAUCUCAAGGUGUUGAAGGAUUGUGUGCUUGUGGGUUCAUCCCCUCCUUUCUCACUGACGAGUUCAUCAAUUGUUUUGACGGCUCCUCUAGUCACGUGACCUACAGAGCUGUGCUGACUGCAACAGAAACUGUGUCUGCUGUGGAACUCAUUUCUUUAAUUGAACAAUGGAUCAGCGACACUUCAAGCAUCAUCGUACAAAGUACCCGACUUGGUUUGACAAACACUUGCCCUGUGGUGAUCACUGACAGAGACAGUCCAGAGUGCCCUGAGGACAUCACUAAUCGGACAACUGCUACUACCUCACCCACAGAGAGUGUAGUGGUCAAUGUUGGUGCAGUGGUUGGUGGGGUGGUUGCUGGAGUCUUGGCCAUUGCUGUGCUAGUACUGAUUGUAAUAGUGGUGCUGUUGUUACUAAGGCUACGGAGGUAUGGAUCCAAGGACAUGAGUGAUGAAAAGACAGGCAGCCAACCAAGACAACUACCCCCAGUGGUGAUGAGUCAUCUCCCCUCCCAUGAUUACGAGGGGUUGAGUAAACUACAAGAGGAGGCUACCUAUGAGGUGGUGGACCAGCCACGCCCCCCUCCUCCUGCAGACUACCAGCUCUCAGCCUGUGCAG